ACAGUCUCCUCCUACCUGGUCCGUGAUGGAGCCGUGAGCGUCUCCCGGGUGAUCUGCAUCUCUCAGCGGCUGGGGCUGUCACACUCUGGGUUGAGCGCCGUCGGCAGGAUGCGGGAGGGCCCCAGACAGCCGCAGCCCGAUGAGGUCUCCUGACCGCUCAGCUCUCUCUCCAUGGCUUCUUUACUCACCCUCGAGCUGAGAGACCUCAGGACAGAUCGCGAGCUCAAUGGCCAAACUCAACACGAGCGCGCAACCAGCACCAUCAGGGGUUUUGAGAACCCAUCUUACGAAGAUAUCGAGGACACCCUCAUUGGAGCGGACUCCGAGGACACCCAGCGGCCUGGGUCGAGAGGGCAAUCGGCUCCGGAGGACGACUCUCUUCACUCUCAGGACAGCCCGGCACCGGAGGCAGCCGCUCGCUCCGUGGAUUAUGGCUUCAUCUGCUCACUCGUUCUCUUGGUGGGGGGAGUAGUGCUUGUGGCGGUGGCUUACACAGUACCCAGGGACGUGAGGGUGAGCGCAGACUCAGUUAGUGCGCGUGAAAUGGAGAGGUUGGAAAUGUACUACGCGCGUCUCGGCUCUCACCUCGAUAAAUGCAUCAUCGCAGGGCUGGGGCUGCUCACCCUCGGGGGGACGCUCCUCUCCCUGCUGCUCAUGAUCUCUAUAUGCAAUGGGGAACUGUACCGGAGGAGGAAACUCGCUAGGGCCCGGGGCCCCCGGACAAAAUACGGCUCCCUGAACCUGAGGAUGAGACAGCUGAACACGGAGGGGGGGCAGGUUCUGGUGGAGUUUGAGGUUCUAGAAAUGACUGCGGCGGCUGCCCAAAACGGAUCAGAAGAGGGGUCCACGCCCGUGACCAGCACGAGGGCCGAGUAUCAAUGACCUACGAAG